AUGUUAGUUCAUAAUCGUUUAUUAUUUAACGAGAUGAGUUCUGUACGUAAGAUUCAAUUAUCAAGUGAACAACCAACAAUCAUGAAUUGUGAUAGUAAGUUUAAUGAUUCAUUUUGGUCAGAAGUUUUUAAAACAGUCGAUAAAAAUCAUGAUGGACGAAUAAAUAAAAAAGAAUUUAAAAAAUUCAUGUUAACUAAUGGCGGUAAAUUUACUGCAAGUGAUAUUAAAAAAAUAUUUGCUUAUUGUGAUACAGACAAUAGUGGUUAUAUCGAUUUUUUGGAAUUCAAAAAUUUUAUGGAAGGACGUUGAGAAACAUAUUCAAGUUCAAUUUGUGCACUAUAUAUAUAUACAUAUUUCCGUUUGUUUAUUUAUUUAAACAAAACUUGAUUACUUUUAAUGGUUUCCUAUUUUUUUUUGUCUUCAUGUUUAUACUAUUGUUUAUCAUUUGAUUUGUUUGUGUUUUCCUGGUAUCUCAAGUGUUUCAAAUGGCAAAUUACAACAACUUUAUACAUUUCAUUUGUAAUGUUUAAGGUUAAAUCGAAAAAUUACCUCCUCAAGUAUCAGAUUUUCUGCUUAAUAUUCAUUUAACUACUCUGUUUAUUAAUGAAUAGAUUGAAAAGCAGUCAUCAUAUUUCUUGUAUUCAUUCGGCAUAAUAAGAAAGAUAUUAAUAUUACUACUGACUAACUAACAGAAGAGAAUAGUUGUUGGUUAUUUUGGGAUUUUGAUUCCCUUUUUUUUUGAGUAUUUUCUUAGUGAUUAAAAAGUCAUAAAUUAUGUAUCAAAAAUACAGUGAAUGUUUGUUUU